AUGGAGAAGCUCGGUUUGCGGGCAGAUGAUCCCCGAUGGUCUUCGAUACCCACCGACCUGCUCCUUGCAGAACUCGCGAGACGCGAUGACGCCAACGAACGACCGGCAUGCGGUUCGGGGAAGAAGGGGUCCUACGACACAGGCAUCCACGUGUUUGCCUUGUUCCUCAUCCUCGCCCUGAGCACUCUGUCAUGCGGGUUCCCCCUGUUCUCCCAGCGCCUGUCGAAGGGCAGCAAACGUCAACGCAACAUUAUAUUCCUUUGCCAGCAUUUCGGGACCGGCGUUCUGAUGGCCACCGCCUUUGUCCAUCUUCUCCCGACCGCGUUCACCUCCCUGACCGACCCAUGUCUUCCGCACGCUUUCAGCAAGGGAUACCGGCCGUUGGCGGGGUUGAUUGCCAUGGUGUCGGCAUUCGUCGUGGUGGCGCUAGAAUCGUACUUGACGACCCGGGGUGCCAGUCACUCGCACUCACACCACGCCUGGGAGGAGGUCGAUAGCGACGACGGCGACGAAAAUGUGGGUGGGCGCACACAAGAGGGGGAAUUUUCUUCGCGACACGCGCGCCGCGAUCGGCCCUCAAGCAUUGCACUGGACGAUCUGGAAGCGACAGAGGGUUUGGUGGCGGGAGCUUCCCCUCUCCCCGGCUCAACGCCCACCAUGGCGCCACCUCGGGAAGGGUUGCUCAAACCCCAACGGGACAGCACACAGGACGACAACCGGGAGUCCCUGGACCUGGAACUCAGCUUUGAGGAGUUGAGCCCAAGCCCGAACCCCGACCACCAACCCAAGCCGGAGCCAGAGCUUCCCCCGCUGCAGCACAUUCCCACCCCCGAGGAGCAAAAGCGCAUGAUGCUGCAGUGCGUCCUCCUCGAGGCAGGCAUCCUCUUCCACAGCGUCUUCAUCGGCAUGGCGCUGUCCGUGGCCACCGGCCCGACUUUUGCCGUGUUCCUCAUCGCCAUCUCCUUCCACCAAUCCUUCGAAGGCCUCGCGCUCGGCACCCGCAUUGCCGCCCUCCACUUCCCCCGCUCUUCACCACGCCCCUGGCUGAUGGUGCUCGCCUUCGGCGCGACCACGCCCAUCGGCCAAGCCAUCGGCCUGUUCAUCCACCGCUUCUACGACCCCAUGAGCCAGGCCGGCCUGCUGAUGGUCGGCUUCAUGAACGCCAUCUCGAGCGGCUUGCUGCUGUUUGCCGGGCUGGUGCAGCUACUGGCGGAGGACUUUUUGAGCGAGAAGAGCUACGGGGUGCUGAAGGGCCGGCGGAGGGUGAGCGCGUUUUUGGCGGUAGUGGGUGGGGCUGGGUUGAUGGCGGCGGUGGGUGCUUUUGCGUGA